AUGCGAACUUACAAGAGAAAAACUGAAAAAGGACUUUAUCCAAAAGAAGUAGUAAUAGAGGCAGCAAGCCACGUUAUUGAUGGAAGAGUAACAUCAGUUCGUGCAUCAGCAAAAAAGUUUGGAAUCCACUACUCGACUCUUUCUCGUUAUAUAAAAAAAGUUAAAAAAGCUGUUGAUAUGGGAAUGCCACUACCUUAUCCUGGAUAUAAAAAGAAUCAAGUUUUUACUUAUGAACAAGAAAUAGCUAUUGCUUCAUAUAUAUCAAUAUGUUCUGAUAUCUAUUUUGGAUUAUCACCAUAUGAAACAAGAAAGCUUGCAUUUGAAUGUGCAGUAAAGUAUGGUAUUAUUUUUCCCAAAUCGUGGUUAAAACAUUCCAUGGCUGGUCCUGAUUGGAUGAGAGGGUUUUUAAACCGACAUCCAAGAUUGUCUAUCAGAACUCCAGAAGCAACAAGUCUUGCACGAGCAACUAGCUUUAAUCGUGCUAAUGUAGGUGUUUUUUUUCAAAAAUUAUCAGAUGUUUUAGAUAGGCAUCAUUUUUCUGCAUCAAAUAUCUUUAAUGUUGAUGAGACUGGUAUCACCACUGUGCAAAAACCAAACAAAAUAAUUGCUCGUAAAGGCAUUAAGCAAGUGGGUGCAUUAACUUCUCAAGAGCGAGGGACAUUAGUGACAAUGGUAAUAGCCGUAAAUGCAUAUGGCAAUAGUGUGCCUCCAAUGUUUCUUUUUCCAAGAAAGAAAUUCUUUGAUCACUUUAUUCGUGAUGGGCCAAAUGGCUGCAUUGGUGCUUCGAAUGGAUCAGGCUGGAUGAAUGAGGAGUGCUUUAUUACUUACAUAAACCACUUUAUUCGACAUGUAAAGCCAUCAAAAGAAAGCCCUGUGUUAUUACUUUUAGACAAUCAUCAAUCUCAUUUAUCUAUUCAAUUAAUAACAUUGUGUAAAGAUAAUGGUAUAGUUUUGCUUUCUUUCCCUCCUCAUUGUUCGCAUAAGUUGCAACCUCUAGAUAGAUCUGUAUUCGGACCAUUUAAAAAAUGCUUAGCUAAUGCACAAGACUCAUGGAUAAAAAGUAGUCCAGGGAAAACAAUGAGUAUAUAUGAUUUACCAGGAAUUGCAAAAAUAGCAUUACAACAUUCUCUUACACAACAAAAUAUAUCUUCUGGUUUUAGAGUGGCAGGAAUAUUGCCAUAUAAUAAGGAUAUAUUUUCAGAUGCAGAUUUUGCUCCAUCAUUUGUUACGGAUCGUCCAGCAACCCAAUCUAAUGCAGCUAUUGAUAUUAGUAUAUCAACUUCAACCUCAGAUGCAAUUCCAUCUGCAGUUUCAAAAUUUUCCCCUGAGGUUGUAAGACCGCUACCAAAAGCACGACCCAGGAAAGAAAUACUCACUAGAUCAAAGAGAAAGCAUACAGAAGUACUCACAGAUACACCAGUAAAACAGCGUCUUAUGGCUGAAAAAGAAAUUAGUUCUAGAAAGCGAAAAUCUGCUAGUACUUCUGCAUCAAAAAAAAAAACAAUAAAAAAAUUAUACUCAAGUAAGAAAUUAAUUGAUGAAUUAAAUAUAUCUCUUCAGAAUAAAAAUAGACUUUCCGAAUCAAGUUCUGCUAUACUUAAUUUAACUAAUGUUAUUUUGGAUGAAGCAACAAAUGAAUUACUCACCCUAGGUUCAAAGUUUGUACCAUUACAGAAGAAAAUCCCCUAUAUUGAUAUUAUAACAAAUGUUAAAAUGUGCGCUUUGCGACUUGAAAAACAGAAUAAAUCAACACAGGCAGAAUCUAAUUUACAUCUUCAAAGAUGUAUUGGUGCUUUACGCCGAGAUAACGCCUAG